GAGUGCUUUAUGCCAGCGAUCUUCCAGGAACAGAUCGCUGGUAAUGUGACAGUAUGACAUAAAGGCUCAAUAGUCUGGCUGCUGGUUGAGCAGGACAGUAAAUUAUACAACACUGAUGACUGACAAUGAAAAAGUUUUUUUCACCUUUCUUCUCCUAUCUUUUAUCAGCAACGCGGUAAAGCAAGAUGUCUGCUGCGCGCGCUCUCCAUUUGCUGAUAUUUGGAUUUACCAUGUUGAGGUUUAUCGGCUGUUACAGUGAUGGGAGUUUAUUGACCGACCAGUGUCAAAGUAUGGCUAUAGAUCAUGGAGUUCAACCACCAGGACAGGAUUCAAUCAUUUUUAGUGUCGAUCCAGAUAACGUGAUUGUGGACAGUUCGCAAGUGGGAACUGGCAUUACAGUGACGCUCUCUUCUUCUGGUUCAUUUAUGGGCUUUAUGUUGGAGGCUCGUGAGUGUGAUGAUUGUCCACCUGCUGGUACGUUCAGUUUGCUUGACCCGGUCAACAGUCUGCUCCUAUGUGGCGACCAGGCUGUGGCUCAACCUAAUAACGACGAUAAAACUUCAGUCCUAGUGACGUGGACUCCUCAAGCCACUGGACAGUUUUACUUCAGAGCUGCAUUCGUCCAAUCUUACAAUUUCGGUUCGCCAAAAAAAGCAAUCAUACUCCCGACAACAACAACAUUGCCGCUAGUGGGAAUGACAAUGGCAACGUCACCGCCUGCAACAACACCAACAAUGACGCAGACAAUGAUGAAAACCGACUAUGCUUUUUCGUCGACAGUGACAAAGACAAUCACACAGACAACAACGACGCAGACAAUGACACAGACAACAACAUCGACAGACACCACCGCUACUGUAACAACUAGUCGUACAACAAUAGACACAUCCACUGCACCACCAACCUCUGCAGUCGGCAGUACACAAACAGGUCUAACUGUAUUCACAACACCAAACCUACAGGCUACAGUCAAUACUACACAAACAGAUCCAACUACAACAGUAAUAUCAAGUACACAAUCACAGACUACAGUCAAUACUACACAAACAGAUCCAACUACAAACACAACAGUAAUUACAACAUCAAACACGCAAUCACAGAAUGCAGUUUCUGCAGUCAAUACUACACAAACAGAUCCAACUACAAACACAACAUUAACAUCCAACACACAAUCACAGACUACAGUCAAUACUACACAAACAGAUCCAACUACAAACACAACAGUAAUUACAACAGCAGUGACGUCAUCAUACCUGUUGCGGUGUGUGCAGUAUAUGAGAGGUGGUGUGGCACUGUUGUUAUUCAGCAGACUUUGUUUUCUUGGAGGCUCUUCUCUCCUCAUGAUCAUCAAACCAGUUACAAAGAUGCCCACCCAGAUUGCAUCCAUCAUUGAACUAAUAUCCAAAAUUAUCACUACUGUCCUUGUACUAAUAAAAGCGGUUCAUUAUGACUGUGAGAAUGCUGGUCUGCAGUUUGUGUUUGCUGCUUUAAUAGUGACUGCAAUGGGCACAAGCCUGAUGCACACCAUCACUGUUUUCCUUCACCGCGGACCAAGCCAUGAAUUAAGAACAUGUUGGAUUGUUUCUCUCAUAAUAGUUGACCUACUGAAUACACUCAUUACAUCCAUCUCAAUAUUUUAUGGGCUAUGGUGGUUUCAAGAACGCUGGUUAAUUAUAGUAAUGGCAGUUUAUGUGAUAUUGGAGUUCAUCCUUUACCUCGGAGCAGUUAUUUCUAAACGGGUGGAAAAAUACAGGACAAGACAGAGAGGGGAACAAAAUGGCCCUGUUCCAGAAAACAGGAAAUCCUCAUGGUUCUUCAUGUUUGUCAUUUGUUUAGUGAUCUUUGUAUUGUUUACAGUUGCACUUAUUGUAGGAGUUUCUUUGCUUUGCUUUCAAACUGGGUCUUCCUGUAUAUUGUUCAGUUAGUGUAUAUAUAUUUUGCAUGCAUCUUCAUAAGGACCCAUUGCUGGGUUCGGUUCUUUUGACCCAGUGCUGGGUUGCCAAUAUAACACAAAUUGUGUUGUUUUUAACCUAGCAUUUUAGAGUGUAGUCCAGCAAGCUUUAAUGUGACGAUGUGUCUGCAGCACUUAUUCUAAUGAAAUGCAGACAUUAAUACACACCAAUGUGUGUUGAAUAAAUAAAUUCCAAUAAAAAAUAUAGCUCAAGGAUCGUAUAUUCUGUAAAUUUGCUUUGUAAGAUUGUCUUGCAGUAUGAUAUUUUUGUGAUUACAAUGAACCACCAUAAAACAAAUGACAAAGGACAUUUUGCAUUACA